GGCCGGAGUGGCCGGGCUGUCAAGCAUAUACAUAUGUGACUCAUUCUUUAAUGUUCCGCGAUACAAAGAGCAGUCGUGUUGUUAUCCGUAAUUUAGGAAAAUUGCAGCAUACAUUAUGCCGCGUGUAUUAUCUAUGCGUAAAUUUUCCAAAGUGCAUUGUUGCACGAUCGCAGCAGUUGCAAUUGCACUUCGCGGCCAAUGUGAUUACGUCACACGAGCGAGAAAAUAUUCUGACACAUCUAUACACACAGCCAUGCACGCGAGUAUAUACGUACGUACAUGUAUGUGUGUGUGUGCGUGUGUGUGUACGUAUAUAAGCAAUUUUCCAACAAAGAAACGCGUAGUGAGAGACAUUAAGCAUAUCUCGCUGUUUGCUUAUCUACAAUUCCUAAUUAUUUCCAUCAAAUAAAACAACUUCCAAACGUUCGAUCAAUGCAUUCGCGUGCUGUGUUAUCAAGCAUUUGUCACUGCGUUUUCGCACGGAGAGUGUUCGGCUUUUGAUGAAUAUUACCGAAGAUAAUGGACCCAACUGUCCCGGAAUGGAGGCGUUAUUUACUCGUGCAACCACCCACGAUACUGUUGCUACUUGCCGUGACAAUGUCAGGUACUGUCUUCACAGAUCUGUUGUUGAAUCGUACAUGCGUUGUGACUCUGAAAAUAAACGAAACGGAGUGCCUGCUGCUCCAUAAGAAUAGCACCAGCAAGGAGGCGCUCAGGCUCAACUCCAUAGUCCAACCAUACACAAGCUUAGUUAUAAUGGCUAAAGCCUUCAUGGAAAGCAUCAUCCCGUCACUCUUGACGUUAUUUCUGGGACCAUGGAGUGACAAAUACGGAAGAAAACCCCUUAUACUUUCAGGAUAUAUAAGUACAUCUUUAACUUAUCUUCUGCUUUCUGUAUUGGCUCAGUGGGAUGUUGGACCUUGGUAUUUCCUGAUAGCCUACAUUCCUACUGGCCUCUUGGGUGGCAUAGGCGUAUUGAUUUUAGCUUCCGUAUGUUACAUCACUGAUAUAACGGACGAUAACGAGCGGGCAUGGCAUUUAGCCUGGUUGGACGCACUGAUCUCUCUCGGCGCCCUAAUCGGAUUGCUUUGUGGUCCAGUGAUAUUUGAAGCAUGUGGCUACAGUGCUGUAUUUGGUGUUGCGUUUAUGUUCUGCGCUCUAGCAACGUUGUACAUAAUAUUUUUCGUUCCAGAAACUGUACAUAGUCAAACUUGCGGUAUCCGCGAGGUAUUUGACUUUAAGUUAGUAAAGGAUCUCAUUAAUACGUGCACAAGUAAGAGAGACGGAUUCAACAGGUCGUUAGUUUGGAGCUGCAUAGCAUGUCUUACGCUCGUCCUGAUUGUAUUUGAAGGUAGUCUCGCUAUCGGAUAUUUAUUUACAAGCGCGAAGCUUGGGUGGACCGUAGAAAAGUACUCCACUUAUGUAGCUGCGGACGCUAUGGUAGGGAUAUUCGGGACGAUAUCCGGUAUUAGAUUAAUGCGAAACUAUGCAGGAUUUCCAGAGGCUGUAGUUGCGAUAAUAUCUGUUACGUCAUCUCUUGGUAGUGUCUUGGUACGUGCCUUUACAUGGCAGUCUUGGCAUAUGUAUUUAUCAGUGGCUCUAGGAAUGUUUGGCAAUAUAUCUCGAUCGAUGAUACGUGCUGUAUUAUCCAAGGCAAUACCUACGCAGGACACAGGGAAGGUUUUCUCUCUAGCUGCGGCUCUAGAGACACUGUUACCGUUUGCGUCAGCUUCUCUGUAUACCUUUUUCUACUCCCAUUACAUGCCACCUUUAUAUCCUCUACCAGUGUGGUUCUUAUCAGCAGUAUUUUAUGUCAUAACUAUUGUGAUACUGAUAUAUAUACAGAUACAAGUAAUGAGAAGUACCACAGUGCCUUUUGCUCAAUUGACGGAAGAUAAUAAUUCGACUUAGUGCAUGAUCCUUUUAAGGAAAGACAAGUACAAAAUAUAUCUGCGAGAUGAACCAACUAAUCAACUAACAAUAAGUGCAAAGACGAUAUUUUUACAUAUAAUAUAUACUUUUUUUAGCAACAUAUAAAGCGUGCAUUCUUUAUAUAAUAUAUGUAUGAAAUUUAUAUAUAUAAUAUAUGUAUAUGUAUAUAUGAAAUUUUGUA